AUGCAUCGUCUUUUUGCUGAGCUGGAGCCAUCUUUAACCGUCACAGAGCAAAACCUGGCAGACCGAGUUCGGUAUAUCUUGCGCUCAAAUAUAUUUGAUGUCGCCGAACUCGAACGGCUACGACGUGAGGCUGUUCCCUCGUCGGAUGAGAAUGCUACGGCUGAGGAUGCGGCGCCACAAAUGGUAGAGCAACCCGCAAACGUGGAUGCCGCCGUGAAUACCCCAGUUGUGGUUGAUUCAAACGAUGAUGGAACAGUCGCCCAGGAACUGGAAUUAGAGCAUAUGAGGAGUACAUUGGAAGAGGCGAUUGUGGAAACGCGCAGUACGCCUCUCGAAAAUCGACCGCGACUUCCCCGCAAAGCCCUAAGCAAGCGGAAUCGGGCUGUCGUGAGGGCUCUGAACCCAAUGCUGGUGACCUAUUUCGAAGCCAGCCGGGACCUUUGCGAGACGGACUGA